GUCACACUUAAAUUAAACAAAAACCUAUUUAAGCUACCCGCAACGCCUCACAAUUUUCCAAAUUUUCUUGUUUGUAUUCGAAUCCACGGAAAACUAAAUAAAUUUGAAGUUUUUAUAAAGAUUAUGGUGUUUUGUUAUUGUUUUCAAGUGCUCGAAUAGACUGUGUGCUUAUCUACAAGGAACAUAUGGGUCAGACGAACAAUUCCAAACCAGAUUCUCACUAGCUACAAUCUUCCGGCCGCACAUUCCUCACGUCCAGCGAAAUGGCGGAGAUCCAGCCAGUUCCCCUGUCCCGAGUCAUCGGUGGCUACAUCUUUGCCAUUCUGCAGGCUUGCAUUCGAUUCGUUUUCCGCCUCAUCUAUGGCCAGAAAGGAGAGAGCAUGCCCGCCAUCACAGAUCCCAUUCUGCUAGAAUCUGCAUCGUCUUUGGCCAAGAAGAUCCGCAACCAGGAGUUAAGCAGUGUUCAAGUGCUGGAAUCCUUUAUUCGACGGGUCAAGGAGGUUAAUCCCCUACUAAACUGCGUAGUAGAUGAACGAUAUGGCCAAGCACUGAAGGAAGCAGCCGAGGCAGAUGCACUCAUUAAAUCCGGCCAGUACUCUGUGGAGGAGCUGGCCAAGCAAAAGCCCUUCCUGGGAGUACCCAUUACCACCAAGGAUUGUAUAUCAGUUAAAGGCAUGCUCCACACAGCUGGACUGUACGAAAGACGAGAUGUCCGUGCCGCUAAAGAUGCGGAUGCCAUGGCUCUGAUGCGCAAGGCUGGUGCCAUACCCUUCGCCCUCACCAAUGUCUCCGAAGUCUGCAUGUGGUGGGAGAGCAACAACACAGUCCACGGACGCACAAGGAACGCCUACGAUACGAAUCGAAUUGUCGGUGGCUCUAGCGGCGGCGAGGGAUGCAUCCAAUCCGCAGCAGCAUCCGCCUUUGGUUUGGGAUCAGACAUUGGCGGUUCCAUCCGCAUGCCGGCCUUCUUCAAUGGAAUUUUUGGCCACAAGCCCAGCAAACUUACAGUGUCCAAUGUGGGCCAGUUUCCAGCCCCAUUCAGUGACGAACAGAACGCAUUUUUAGGCCUGGGUCCCAUGUCUCGCUUCGCAGAGGAUCUGAAGCCCAUGCUAAAGAUUAUGGCCGGCGAGAAAUCGGCUCUUCUGAACCUAGACAAGGAGGUGGACCUCAACAAACUGAAGUUCUUCUACCAGGAGUCUGAUGGUGGUGGCCGUCUGAUUUCUGCAGUUGACCCUGACCUUAGACAAGCCAUGAAACGAGUGGUGCAGCAUUUGAGCCAAAAGUUUGGCAGCCAGCAGGUGGAACGCAUCCAGCUGCCACAGUUCCGGCAGUCGGCUGCCAUCUGGUUCGCCAACAUGCGGGACGACAGUGGCCACGGCUUCGCCUACCAGCUGGGAAACUUGGAGAAAGACAUCAACACGUACCUGGAGUUGCUGAAAUGGUUCUUUGGAGCCUCCAAGCACACUUUUAUUGGCCUGACGACGGCCAUCAUGGACAGCGCCCAGUGCAAACACGGUUCUCCCAAAUACGAUCACUUAGUGAGCAAGAGGAACGAACUGCGAGCAGAGCUCCAGAAAUUGCUGGGAGACAACGGAGUGCUGAUUUACCCCACGCAUCCGACGGUGGCUCCUUAUCACAACGAGCCGAUAAUGCGGCCCAUUAACUUUUCCUACACCGGUAUUGUUAAUGUUUUGGGUUUCCCGGCCACCGCAGUGCCGCUUGGUCAACUAGGAAGCGAAGGUCUACCACUGGGUGUGCAGAUCAUUGCCAACUUUAACGAAGACCGCCUCUGCCUGGCCGUGGCUGAGGAGCUGGAGCGAGCCUUUGGUGGAUGGGCAAAGCCCGAUGUGCGGCUGUGAAGCCAGUCUCAACUGUUUGUAGCUAAGCUAGAUGUUAAACAAUGGUCAUGUUGGUGGACAUGAUUUCCCCCCCAAGAUUCUACCCAAGAAUAACCCACCCACCCAAAUGAUAAAGGUAUUCCUUGUAUGUACUCUAGUGCCUCGUUGUAAUAUCAAUUUUCGAUGGGGAUUUAUCUAUUUUGUAUGUGCUUUUAACUGUAAAUUAAUGAACAGUCCUCGUGUCGUGGAUCCGUUUCCGUUUUUGCAUUUAAAAUAAAUAAUUGCAACCUAA